CACUCAAUACCACAUUGAUUAUUUUCAAGGAGUGGUAGUGAUUUAUAAGGCCAACUUAACCAUAUUAAUUAAAUUGGUGUAGGUUGGGCCUAAAUAAUGGUAUUUUGGGCUUCAUACCAUGUCAAGCGUUGACACCCUUCAACAUCAACCACCCAAGUGGGCACCCCACCAUACUUAGCCUAAUUUUCGAUCUACCAGUCGCCUACCUACCUUGCGGGUAAUUACCCCUAGACAUGAUGGGUCGAAGAAAGCCAAAAUUUGGCUAAGUGUUGAGACCCACAGCACAAGGGGGGUCAUGCAUGACACCAUCCAAGGGGUUCAAGCACAAGGGGGGUCAUGCAUCAUAUCAUCCCAGGGUAUGACGAGACACGAGCUAGCUGUGGUAGCAAAGAGGGCCAAAAUUUGGAUAAGUGUUGAGACCCACAGCACAAGAGGGGUCAUGCAUGACACCAUCCAAGGGUGUCAAGCACAAAGGGGGUCAAGCAUGACACCGUGCAAGGAAGCCAAAAUUUGGCUAAGUGUUGAGACCCACAGCACAAGGGGGGUCAAGCAUGACACCGUGCAAGGAAGCCAAAAUUUGGCUAAGUGUUGAGACCCACAGCACAAGGGGGGUCAAGCAUGACACCGUGCAAGGGGGGUCAAGCAUGAUACCAUCGAAGGGGGUAUAGCCGCCUACCAGGUAUCAAAGCGUGUGGCAAGGGGAGAAGGGCAACGCAAGUCACUAGACCAUGAUGGGGAAGAAAGCCAAAAUUUGGCUAAGUGUUGAGACCCGCAGUACAAGGGGGGUCAUGCAUGACACCAUCCAAGGGGGUCAAGCACAAAGGGGGUCAAGCAUGACACCGUGCAAGGAAGGCGAAAAUUGGCUAAGUGUUGAGACCCAUAUCACAAGGGGGGUCAUGCAUGACGUCGUCCAAAGGGGUCCUAGCACUAGGGUGUCAAGCUUGGCAGCCAAGCAAGGCGACAAGGCUCAAUACCAACCCGAUCCAGCAUCGAGGCCAUCAAGCACCCACCAACCCCAAGACGGGCCAAGGAGCUCAAAGGCAAUGGAGGUGAAGACCAAGACAACGGUUACCAAGGUGGUUAUCAAGGUGAUUACCAAGGCAGUUACUUCUAGUGGCUAUAAAUAGGAGAAGCGAAAACGGGAAAAGGGUUCCACAACCAAUCAUUUGACACACUAUGUCAAAAUUUAUCUUUUCCCUGCAAAUCAGCUUUUAGUUUUCGGAGCUCUCACUGAACCUCCAUAGGAGUAGAGUAACGUAGCUUGUUCCCAAAAAACCAUCAAAACAUCAAACACCCUCGUUCGAACAUUGUUCGGAGAGGAGUGAACCGUGUUUAGAAUCGUUGUUCAAGAGGUCAAAGGUGCAAAUCAUUUAAUUCAAACACCAAUUUUUCCUCGCCGGAAAACAAGAUCGAUUUUCUCAUAAGCGGAUAGUCGCGUUGGCUUAUUAAUCACAAUGUUGAGACAUCUCAUGAGCUCAAAACAAGAGAGUUCACGAGUGAGCUAAACAAGCCACUUAGUUGAGCUGGCUUACGAGCCUCACGAGUUGAACGAGGCUUUAUUAAAGCUCGCCUUGUUAAUAGACGAGUCAAGUUUUUUCUCAAUCGUACGAGCUUAUAUCGAUUCGAAUAUCGAGAUGCCUCUGAACAGCUUGGCUCAAUAACAACCCUAACUGCAAUGUAGUUAAAAUGAGUUUUUACGUAGAAACGUUUGGGCGAUCUAGAAGCGUAAAAUCGUAAGUUUUUAAGUUUUAAGGCGAGUUUUUAACUACAUAAGUUAUAAAAAUGGAGAUUUUGUGUAGAAUCGUUUUAGUGACCUAGAAACGUAAAAUCGUAAGUUUUUAAGUUUUAAAGCGCGAUUUUGACUACAUUGCCUAACUGGUAGGGAUUCAACUGGUGGGGUCAAGCCAGUGGGUCGGUCCACAUCAAUAAACACAUUGUUUUCUAAAAAUUACAUUUUGGUACCCAAACCUUGUUUUCUUACAAUUUAGUAGCUAAACUUUAUUUUUUGCAAAAAAGUCCAAAAAAUUUGAUAGUAAAAUUACUUUUUAGUACCUUUAUUUUUAACUUGCAUUAUAGUACCUAAACUUUUAAAACUUUACAAACAGGCCCAAUGUGUUGUAUGAGAAAUUUCAUAUCACUAGUUAUUGUUAUGAGUCAUAGGACUAGAAAACGAACCGACCCUCCUCGAGCCUUAUAAGGCCAAAAGAUGACUCGACCCUAAAGUAACCCGGUAGACAAACUAACUCAGCACGACCUUAGGGUCUGCCCAAACAGGUCGGGUCAGUAGGUAUCUAGGGCUAGACUUACAACCCUACUUAAAACCCCCUUUUGGCCUUUUAGCCUUGGGUUUAACUCAUGGUUAAAGCCAAAUUUUGUGGACUAAAAGUCUAUUUUUGACCUUUUAGACUAUGGAUUAUAAACAACCUAUUGGCCUUCUCGAUUUUUGUUAAUAAAAAAUAAAAACCGAUAAAGCUAUUAAUCAUUAUGAUUUUAGUUUUGACAAAUGAUUUGUUGUUUCUAUUUUCAAUCGAUCAAUGAAUUGCAAUCGAUGCCAUAUGUGAAAUUCAGAAUAAGAAAGCGUUGCAAAAUAACUAUAGAUCUCGACGUAGAAAGGGCUCACUCUGACGUAGUAGCAAUCGACGGGGCAUUUUGGUGAGGAGUAGGAUCAUCAACAUCGAUGGAUGGGGAGAUGAGUUUUUAUUAGUGAGGUGAAAGGAUGGGUUGGAGCAGGUGAUGCAUGAAUGCCGUAAUGAAGUUGAACUUGAAUC